CACAAUCUCGCUCUUUGCUGCCACCCCAGAACCACUCUCGCUCUACUUCGGCUCUCUGCCAGGCGACACGCUUUGACUUUGUGCUUCGUCCUUGCCUUGUACACGAAUUUUCGCUCAAAACCGCCCGCCCACUGAGCGUGCCCACUUAUCGUCUGCUUUUCGCUUUCGUUCGCUUCCAUUUCUAUUUGGCAGCAGCCUUCAAUAGGCCAAUUCUCAUUCAAUCGAAAGAAAUUCGCAACGGCGCCAAGUUGUCAGAGUUAUAAAUAUUUUUGCAGUGUACACUCAACUCUUACCUAACAUGCUAAUUUAACACAACGUUAAAGUGUGUAAUAUAUAUAAACAAAAAAAAACUUAUAAGCAUACGAAACCAAUUUAAAUCCAAGCCGAACAGCUACAAAAACAAAUACAAAAUGUCACCUUUUAUGGACAAAACGCUGUUGUUCUUAGGCCUGCUGUGCUGCAUACAAGUUUCCACUGCCCUCAUGUGCUACGACUGCAACAGUGAGUUUGAUCCACGCUGUGGCGAUCCAUUUGAGCCCUACUCCAUUGGCGAGGUGAACUGCAGCAAACAGGAGCCACUGGAGCACCUGAAGGACAAAUUCAAGCCCAUGCUGUGCCGCAAGACUGUGCAGAAAAUUUAUGGCAAAACUCGCAUUGUGCGUGGCUGCGGCUAUAUUCCGGACGAGCGUACCGAUCGUGAAUGCGUGCGACGUUCGGGCACACAUGAUGUCUCUGCCACCUACUGCUCAUGCACCAAGGAUCUGUGCAACGCUGCCACAGCCGUUGGCAACUCACAAAUGCUGAUGCUGCUGGGCCUCGCCUCCAUUUGCACGUUGUUCGUAACCCGACACAGCAUAAGAGACAUGAGCUCAUAAAUGAGCACGUCCUGUGGCAUUUGAGAUCUGCAAUGGUGUAUUUAGUUAUUUCUUUAGUUUUGGUUUACAAUAAACUACAUUUGGUUGCUCAGUUUAUUUAAAUUAUACAUGUGUUCGUAAGCGUAAAGUGUAUGAUAAUGUUACCAAAUUUAUUUCUUGGGCCUAUAAUAAUACUAAUGAGUACCUCUAAUAAUGUAAAACAAUUUGGGGCGGCAAAAACAAUUUAAGUGUAUUAUCUAACAUUUUUGUUUAACCGAAACAUAUAAACAAAAAACUGCCAGUAAAUGUCUCCGCCUAAUAGAAAAACAACAACCAAAAAAAGUAAAUGCCCAAAUUUUAAAAUGACUUAAUUUCUAACAAAACCUAAAGAAAACAUUAAAA